UCCGCAAGAAGUCUCCACAGUCCUUCCCAUAACUUAACCUAAUUUUCCUGUGAAUGCGUGUGCGUGCUCGUGGGAUACGAAUCGAAUAAGAUUAACUUGUGAAAUAGUAAUGUAUGUAAACAUAUUCGAUUACUGUUUACAAUAAUUUAAACCAAAGACGAAAUUAAAGUUAGUGAAUAACAUGUCUAUGCUCGCGGAACGCCGACGAAAGAAGAAAUGGUCGGACGAUCCCCAAGGCAACCGAUGGAGCAAAGACAAUGAGAAAAUCGGUCAGAAAAUGUUGGAGAAAAUGGGCUGGACUAAUGGAAAGGGAUUGGGUGUUAAUGAGCAAGGCAUUAAAGAACAUAUAAGAGUAAACAAGAGGAAUCCUGAAUAUGAAAAAGCUGGUAUAGGAUAUGACAAUGAUUCACAUAUGAAAGAUUUAUAUGAACAUCAGGAUAAAUUUAAUGGACUCUUACAACAACUUUCAAAGCAUUAUAACCAAGAAGAAACUGUUGAGAAGUCAGAAAGUAACAAAAGAGAUUUAAGUGAGCAAUCAUUGGAGCUAAAGUCUAAACAUAGUUAUGCUCGAUUGCAUUAUCAAAAGUUUACACGUGGUAAAGAUGUAAGUAAAUAUAAGUCAAAGGAUCUGGCAAACAUUUUUGGUAAAAAAGAAUUAACUAGUAAAACUGAACUUAAUGUGGGAGAUAACAGUAUUAAUGAGAAUGAAACUAAUGGUACAAAAAAUAAUUUGGAUGGUGUUAUUACUAUAAAUAGAGGUAGCAUGUCAGAUUACUUUAAACAGAAACUACCAAAUCAUAAGAAACUCUCGAAUAAUAAUAUUGAUAAUCAAGCAGCUGAUUCUGAAAGCGAGACAAAGCAACGUAUUGGUUUUAGAUUUACAUCAAAAAGUGAAAAUAUAUGUUCCAUCAAUGAAACACCAAAAAACUCCAGUGAGAAGAGCAAUUAUGCUUUUGAUAAUCCUUGCUUAGGGAUGAAUAGUCCUAUGGAAACAAUGUUUAAUACCGAGAAUUCUUUAAAAAAAUUUAGAAAAAAAAGGAAGAAGGAAUUUGUUUCUGAAGAUACUGAUUUAUAUAUCGAAGAAACAAAUGAAGUUAAUGUUGAAAAGAAAUUAAAAAUUGGAACUAUUGAUAGUAAUUACAAAGAUGGGUUCAUGAAUCCAGCUCUCAAUUUAGAUACAAAACUUAAUGAAGCUUGUAAUGGUAAAGAAUUUGAAGUAUCCAGAGCACAGUUUGGUUUAGAAAACUGCGGUCUCGAUCUGACGGAUGAAAAAAGCGAUAAAAAACGUGUAACGUUUAACGAUCAUGUAGAGUACAAUAUAGAUGCUACAAAGAAGAAGAAAGGAAAAACUACACUGGAUAAAUUUGAAGUCGAAAAUAAAAAGCACAAGAAAAAACGAAAAUACAAUAUUGUAAACGAGAGUAUUGCAGCUUUGUCGAACGGAUUUGUUAAUGAGGCAUUAGACGUAGAAAUAUCUGCGGAAAUGAAUGAUAACGAACUAAACGAACAUAAAAGUACAAAGAUUAAAAAGAGAAGGAUAUAUAAAACAUCUAGUCUGGAGACCAUACAGGAAUCACCUGAACGAGAAAAGGAAAUAAUUGAAAUGAACUUGGAAGAUGUUAUUUCGGAUAUUACAGAAAAUAAAACAGAUACCGCAAUUAAAAAGUCGGAGAAAAAGAAAAAGAAUAAGAAAGAAAUCAUAAUUAUAGACAAUAAUGUCACUGGUAUCGAGAACGAAACAGAAGAUAAUAUAAUUGAAAAGAUAAUUAGGAAUAAAAAGCAUAAACUAGAUAAAAAAAGGGAAAUAUAUAGUAAGGAAAAGAAGAAAGACAAAGAAGAAUGCGAAAACACAUCAGAUAGGAUACUAGAGAAAUCAGAAACAGAACAGCAGCAUACUAAUUUAGACAAAAUUAAGAAUAAAAAGAAUAAAAAGCAGAAAAUAAUUAUAGACAAUUCAGCCAAAGUUGAAAUAUUACCGGUCGUUACAACAAUAAGAGAAGAAAGUGUGACGUUAGAGAGAGAAAAUGCUGUACAGAAGAAAAAAAAGCGCAACAACAAGGACAGUCAUUUAGAAAUUGAGAUAAAUAUGUGCGAUGUGGAAAAGGAGAUUUCUGAUAAGGAAAAUGCAGUCGAGGAAGAACCGAAUAUUAAGUUACCAAAGAAAAAUAAGAAACAUAAACGAUCGAAAGAUACAUUAGAUGUUGAGAGCUCUAUCAGUCCUAGUGCAGACAUAACUGACAAUAAUAUAUGUCAUAAUGAUAAUAUAAGUAAUCAAGAAAAUGUAGAUAAUGUAGAAUUUAUCGAUAUACCUUCGAGAAAGAGCCAGGUAAUUAAUUUUACAGAUGAUGUAGUCCAUAGUCCUAAGGAUAAAAAAGCAAGAAUGACUAAGAAGAUACUGAAGAGACUUUUUUACGGAAACCUAAUAGCAGAUUUUCCUGGUUCUAAUAUUCAAGAAAUAAAAGGAUAUGGUGUGAAUUUUAACGGUAACUAAAAUAUUUUAAUUCGUUUUUAUGAUAAUCAAGCAAUGUAGAUGGUAAUUUACAUGGUAAUAGAGAAUUAUAUGUAAUGAUGUUGAUCACAUAGAUACGUGUGUACAUAUUUCUCUUUCUAAACAAACAAACUACUGCAUUUCAAUCGAUAUAUUUAUGAAAUAUAGUUUGGUAGUAUUUAUCAUUAUGUGAAACAUAGUUUAUAGUAGUAUAUAUCAUUAAUAUAAUAUUUAUUAUUAAUAUUUUAUAGUUCAUAUAAAAGUGACGAAUAAAUAUCACUGCAUUCUGUGUUU